UUAACAAGAGAUACAUCAGAAUUCCUGGAGCUCCCGUGACAUGUGGAUGUCGAGGCGCCAACCACCACCUCCAUCACAAAAUUGCAUCCAUUCCCAACAAAUGUUGCGAAAACAUACGGUCCAAUCAUUCUUCCUCUCAACCCGUUCACAGCCUCAUUAUCUCCUACCUGUUAUCCCCACUGUCGCCUCACAGGGACAGAUUAGCAACAAACUUCCUUUUGAUGGAUUAACCAAAUCAUUUUGAUUUACUUUACACCAGAAGUUUUUCAAAUCGUGAUCCAAUCAUUGUGUUGUCUAUAUAAGUGUGGCUAUUUCACACCGUUUCUUCGUGUUUGAGAUACAUGAAAACCUGAUAAUACUAUCAGUAGUAGUAGGCUAGUAGCACCAGUUGCCUAGUUGUGUACUCCGUAUUUGAUUGCACCAUGGAGCACACAAGAAAUGGUGAUUUGAAGGUCAGUUAUGAGCAGGAGCUAUUCGGGCGGCGCCGGAACGGCACCUUACCCGCGUACCCGAACCUCACCAGGGAGGCCAUCGCCACCGGCCCGGCUAGGGGGCCAGUGCCGCCGAAGAGCACGCCGAGCCGGCGGCGCACUUACGCUGACGGCGAGCUCGAUGUGUUCUCGGCUGAGCGUUACUUCAAGGGUGCAAUGGACGGUGAGAGCAAGGAGGGCUCCGCCACGCCCGUGGAAACUGUGGCCGCAGGGACGAGGGCAGCUGUGCCGGUGAGCAAGCCGGCGUCGACGUGCGCGUCGGUGGCGAGCGCCGGCUCCGCGGCCACUGCCAACAGCCAGACCGUGCUCCUUCGGGAAGCGCGCAGCCACCCGGGAUACAGCAGCAAGAAGUGCUGCCUGCAGGUCGGUGCGCUCCUGCGUCCGUGCUCCGGGAAGCGGGCCGUGCGCGUCAACGGCGGUGCGGCGACGGAGACGACCGAAUCGAGCAAGCUGGCGGCGAGCAGGAUCGAGUGGUACCGAGACCUGAGGAUGCAGAAGGCUGGCCUCGGGCUAGCCGGCGACGGCGACCGUGGCGUGGUCGCUGGCCUCCCGCCAAAUUUGAAUCUCGGCGCGUCACAAGUGGCAGCAGUAGGGAGUCGGGAGAAGGCGGGCGAGUACUCGAGCGCGAGCUUCAGGAAAGGAAGCUUUACUCUUCAGGCUCCGGUCAAGGUCAGCUGCGGUGGAGGUGGCGACGACGAUGACGACGAUGGCGGGAGCGACUCGAGCUCGGACCUGUUCGAGAUCAAGAGCCUCAUGAUCGGCGACUGCCCGUACGAGCCAAGCGAGGCGAGCAUCCAGUGGAGCGUGGUGACCGCGAGCGCCGUGGACAUGUCCGCCGCGUCGGAGGGCGGUGGCGCCCGCGGGAGGCCCCCGGUGGCCGUGAGGCAGAACCGGGACCGGCCAGUUGGGCUACUGACGGGGUGUGUGAGCCGGAGGGCGGUAGAUGUGUCGCCUAUGGCUGCGGUGCGCAGGUUACCCGAUCCGCCGGGGCUCCGGCGCAUCGAUGGGUGACACAAGGCGCACAAUGCAAUUGUGCAAACCCCGUAGUUUUCUGCUGAUGUGUCUAUGAAGUCCAUCUUGUUCGUUACUUCCUCACUGUUACCAAUGCCGAAGUUAAUAAAGCGUACAUAUAGGUUGCUAAAA